UGAUGAGGAACCAACACCGUCAGUCAACGAGACAGACCCUUCUGUAGAAAAUGACUCAGAUCAAGAACAAGAGAACGUUAAACCAAAGACGAAAAAAUGUUUUGAAGAACAAAGUCAAGUAUUACCCGAUGAAGCUAAGAACAAAGACAACAAAGCCACUCCGGAGCAGCAGGAUGAUGAAAAACUUGUCAAAGGUAGGGCGCAGAGGUUGCUUUUUGGUAAAACCAAACUGCCAUCACUCGGACAGGCAGUAGCUAAUCCUGAUGGAGGAACCUCAGAGAUUGACACAAGCGAAGGAUUACGAUUGAUACACCCGAAAAAAAGAGCGUCCCCUUUUUUCAGGAUGAAUGACUGGAUUCAAAAGAAAAUGACACAAAAACCAAACUUCAGGAAGAGGAUUUCUUCUCUGACUAAAGCAGUUGGUAUAACCCACUGGCUUCGAACUAUUAAACAAAAACAGAGUAGCAGGAGAUCUGGAGGCCAUGUUGUCAGCCACAGGAUGACGAUGAGGGUUGCUUGUAAAACGAGUUUAGCUCGGAAACAAAAGCAAAGUUUAUUAGAUCAAAAAGACACAGCAAAUCCCCAGGAUGAGAAGGCAACAGAAGACACGUUAACGGACAGUAACAAAGAACUUGAUGCUAAAUACGCGGUUGUACUUCCUAGAGUGAAGAAACUAGCAAAGGCAAAGACAACCGAGGCACAACAGCCUGUUUCUUAUGCAUCAGAUUCACCAGCAGGAGACUCCACGCCCAAGGCUAGACCUCCAAAACCAGGAGCUAAACUUGUACUUCCUUCCAAACCAGACCUGAGUCUCCUGAAGUCGGGAAGAAACCCAUUGCUGGAAAAGUUACGAUCAGAUGAAGAUGUAGACCAGAGUGCAAGGACAUUCCAUGACGACUCCACAAAAAACAGAGGUACCAGUGGAACCAGAUCAAAACACCAAGAUGGAGUCAGUGUGCUGCAAGCUGCAAGAGAAAACCUAAAACCCUCCCAGAUCAAAAUGCCGGUGGGAUUGCUAGGCACCGGGCUAGGAAGACCAAAGGGUGUACGUGUGGAAGCAGAGGUAGCAGAACAGACACAAAUAUCUCAAAGCUUUGCAAAUGAAGACACAAGCUUAGCAGUAUCAGGCGUUCCUGGAUUGUAUGAAGAAGAAGCAGACAGGGAAGUAGCCCUGUUGAUGGGUGGCAAUGGUUUGACUACCAUCACUCAACCAGAGUUUCAUUGGACGGGAAACUACCAGAUGACUGGAGACCCUCAGACCUGGCUUCGGGCAGAGAAUUUGCUUCCCCAUCAGACGGUAGAAAAGCUAACAAGAUGGACGGUCUACGAUGACAGCCACGCCAUCACUCACAGUACCAGGGGACCCUGGGAAUCAGAGGAUCCAACUCAAAAGAUGCUUGAGACUCGGCUAAAUAGCACACAAGUUGUAAUGCCUGGGAAUGAAGGGCCGGUAGAGCUGGAUGAGGUGGAGGAUCUUUCACGCCUGGAAGACGUGUCUGAGAGCUCGGUCCUAUUGAAUCUGAAGAAGAGGUUUGACCGUGGGUGUAUUUAUACCUACAUUGGAAACAUCCUACUGUCCAUCAACCCAUUCAAGUCUCUUGACAUCUUCUCUGAGGAAAUGAGGCAUAAAUAUGAGGGGCAGGAGCUGCAUAAAAACCCACCCCAUGUGUACGCCAUAGCUGACUCAGCCUUCCGACUGUCCCAGUCCUCUGCGCAGGAGCAGUGCAUCAUUAAUGUGUACAGAAGCGAUGACAGCUUGCAGGUAGUGUUUGUCUCGCCCAAAAAGCUUCUCUGA